GGUUGACUAGAUGGGAUACAGCUUUUGUCAAAUUUGACUUUUCGUAGCAGGUUAGGAGAAUUAACGUAGCACGCUAGGAGAAUUAGGUUACGAUUUGGAAAAGGGUCAGAGUUAGCUAAAAUGCCAAAAUAAAUACACUUUUGACAAAAGCUGUAGCCUUUCUAGCCAUGACCACUUACUGGGUGAAAGGUGAUGAGAAGCGCUGCAUACACCACGAGAGGAGGAACAACACAAACUACCGCAAGCGGUCUAGAAAAUAGCCGCAACAUUAUUUUUUAUUUUGAAUGGACGAGCGAAAACAACUUUUCACAUAUCGGAAUUUGCAGAAUAUCUCAAAAUACUAAGGUGACAACAUGGCUAACCAGGUGUCAGAGUUCCCCACUGAGCGGACGUUCCAGUACCAGCAUAGCCUGCCUCCUCUCCCUGUACCGUCUCUAGAGGGGAGCCUUGCCAACUACCUGGAUGCAGUGCUGCCGUUUGCUACAGAGGAGGAGUACCAGGUGACUGCGGCCAUAGUGAAGAGGUUUGGAGAGGGCAUCGGCAACGACCUGCACCAAAAACUACUGCAGAGAGCCAGGACACGCAGGAACUGGUUGGAGGAGUGGUGGUUGGAUGCAGCCUAUCUGGAAAUGCGUUGCCCCUCCCAGUUGAAUGUGAACUUCGGAGGUCCUGCACCCUACCUAGAGCACUGCUGGCCCCCUACAGAGGGAGUACAGUUACAGAGGACCAGCAUAAGCAUGUGGCACACUCUACAGUACUGGGACCUGCUUCGCACGGAGAGGCUGGACCCUCAUAAAGCUGGUAAUGUGGUGUUGGAUAUGGACCAGUUCAGAAUGCUGUUCUGUACAUGUAAAGUUCCUGGAGUCACCAAGGAUACCAUCAUCAACUACUUUAAGACAGAGAGCGAGGGUCCAUGCCCCUCCCAUGUGGUGGUGAUGUGUAAGGGGCGUUUCUUCUCGUUUGAUGCAGUGUGUGACGGACACAUUCUUACCCCUCCAGAGCUGCUCAGGCAUCUGACCCAUGUGAAGCAGUGUUGUGAGGGGGAGCCUACAGGUGACGGAAUCGCCGCUCUCACCUCAGAGGAGAGGACACGCUGGGCUAAGGCCAGGGAGUAUCUGAUAGGUAUAGAUCCAGCCAAUAAGACCAUCUUAGAGACCAUCCAGAGCAGUCUGUUUGUGGUCUCACUGGACGAUGCUAAACCCUACGCUACUGCAGAGAACUACACACCGGUGUCCCUGGAGGUGCUGACAGGAGACCCCACCAUCCGCUGGGGAGACAAGUCCUACAACUCCAUCUCCUUUGCUGACGGAACCUUCGGAUCCAAUUGUGACCAUGCCCCAUUUGAAGGCAUGGUGCUGGUAACUCACUGUUACUAUGUGGAUCAGCAGCUCAAAGCUACAGACGGCAAGUGGAAGGGCUCUGAGACAGUGCGGCCUAUGCCUCUUCCUGAAGAGUUGGUCUUCACUGUGGAUGACAGAGUCAGGAGUGACGUUGCACAUGCCAAGCAACAGUACUUUGAGACUACUCAGGACUUGCAGGUGGUGUGUUAUGCGUUCACCUCGUUUGGGAAAGCAGCCAUCAAACAGAGGAAGCUCCACCCAGACACCUUCAUACAACUGGCCCUUCAACUGGCUUAUUACAGACAGCAUGGGAGGUUAGGUAGUUGCUAUGAGACAGCGAUGACCAGAAGGUUCUACCACGGCAGGACUGAGACCAUGAGGCCCUGUACCCUGGAGGCACAGAACUGGUGCCAUACCAUGCUCCUCCCUGCAGCCAGUGCUGAGGCUAAGAGGAAAGCCCUGCUGCUGGCCUUCAACAAGCACAACAAACUGAUGGCUGAGGCACAGAACGGAAAAGGUUUUGACAGACAUCUCCUGGGCCUGUACCUGAUUGCCAAGGAGGAGGGACUUCCUAUGCCAGACCUUUUCACUGAUCCACUGUAUUCCAAGAGUGGCGGGGGCGGUAACUUUACCUUGUCCACAAGUCUGGCUGGCUACACCACAGUUCAUGGGGUGGGCGCUCCCAUGGUGCACCAUGGCUACGGGUUCUUCUACCGCAUCCGUGACGACAGGAUCGUGGCUUCCUGUACGGCGUGGAAGUCCAGUCCAGAGACAGAUGCAGAGACACUGUUCCAGAACCUGGUUACCUCCCUGCAUGAGAUGCUACAUCUCGCUACCACAGCUCAGCUCUAACACACACACACGCAGAGUUUUUAGAUGGCAGACAAUAAUAAUUGUUUAAUUUUGUCCAAAUCAAUGCAAAGGCAUUGUAACAAUGCAGCAGGUAGCCUAGAGGUUAGAAUUAGGCCAGUUACUGAAAGGUCGCUAGUUUGAAUCCCCGAGCCAAUAAGGUGAUAAAUCUUUCGAUGUGCCCUUGAGCAAGCCACUUAAACCUAUUUGCUCCUUUGCCAUGACCCUACUCUCCGGGGUUGUCUCAGGGGGAGUUGGGAUAUGCAAAAAACACAUUUCCAAUGGGAAAUAGGACAAGCAUAAGCACCCACCAAAUUAUUAUUACAAUGCAGUCCUUGAUUGUUUUCUUGAAGUUUAUUUUUGCACUUAAAUUAAUGUAAUUCUCUGAUUUUGUGCGGCAGCUAGAUUGGGAAUUUCCUGUUUUAAAAUGUAUUGAUUGAACUUCCUACCAUGAUUCCACAAAUUCAGGUAAUGCCUCCUUGUUUUGGCCUGUUUGCUUCAGAUUCGUUCCUAGUGAAUAUGACUCAAGACUAAGAGCAGGAAACGUCCCCUGGCACUAGAAUGAGUUAUACCGUAGAGAUAUCAAAUCAAGUUUAUUUUAUAUAGCCCUUCGUACA